AUGCCCUCCUUCGGGGAGGGGCUUAAUUUCAGCGAUACUUGGCUAGAACUUCCUCCACAUUUCAUGGGAUCUAGUACUUCAUUCGGUCAACAGCCAGGAUCUUCACUUGGUGAGCCGGCCCAAGGACUCUCCCAUAGUCUGAACGAGUUCCAUGGCAUGGCACCGUUGGGCUCCCAUAUAAUGCCCCCACCACCUCCUCCUCCUUCCCAUUUACAACAUCAGACUGAGCAUCGACACACUCCCGAUGAUGUUCUGAACGCGGCGGCCACUCUGCUUCAAAACGGCGCAAAUCAGCGCCAGAAUUCCAACGGAAUUGAUACUUCGGUACAGAGGCACCCAAUAGGACCUCCAGUAGGCCACCUACGACACCAACCUAUAGAAGAAUUCCAGGAAGACCAUCGACGUAGCGUUGCAGCAAGCGAGCAAGAACAUUACCCGGACUGGAUGAUGGGAUCCCAUGACAAGCGCCAGCAUCGAGCACCGCCUACCGAAUAUCAGUGGGGUUCUGAUGCCAACUUCAACCGCAUUCAAGGCUAUACUCCCAACUCGGAGAAAGAAACCGCCGAGUCCUUGACGAAGGAACAACUCAAAGUUCUUGAAUGUUUUGAGCCUAGUAAGAGCGCCGAUAACACGCGACCCAGCAGCCCACUUCAUACCAAGGGGCCGCUCCCUCAUAGCAGAUUGACUGAGCUCACGAAAGUGCAAGAAGCUGAUACGCCCCCCCGUAAAAGGCGGAAGAGCAGAAAUAACAAGGAUACUCCAGAUGAAGAGGCGCAAGAAGAGACAGUCACGCCGAAGCCUGUGCGGAGGCGGAAACCUAAAAUGGAACGUGCAGGUUCCAUCACUUCGGCUGUGGCAGAUGACGUUGCUGGGGGCAAACGUCGCAAGUCCGCAGCAAACAAUAGCAAAGUGUCGAGAGAGAAUCUUUCAGAAGAACAGAAGCGCGAGAACCACAUAAAGAGUGAACAAAAACGGCGCACUCUGAUUAAAGAAGGGUUUGACGACUUGUGUGAUCUUGUUCCUGGCCUUCGCGGAGGCGGUUUCAGUAAGAGUACUAUGCUCGCGAUGGCAGCGGAAUGGCUGGAGGAUCUACUGAAAGGGAACGAGGCACUGGCUGCUCAACUUGCUGCGCUAGAAGGGCGCAUCUGA